UCAAGGAGUCAACACUCAGUCACUCAUUCCUCACUCCUCUCUCUCUCUCUUCCUCACGCACUCACUCCUCUCUCUCUCUCUUCCUCACGCACUCACUCUCUCAUCUCACGGUCUCAACUCUCCUUCACUCAUGAAUCACGGCAGCCACAGCCCACGCCCACCAACGCCACCAGUCCACCACCACCGCCCACCGGCAGCCGCCCAACGCACCACCACUCUCUCUCUCUGCUGCUGUUGAAGACUUGAAGCUUGAAGAUUAUAAAAAAAAUUUACUGUGUUAGAUGGAUGCUGAAGAUUCGAAUCUAACUACAUGGUACGAUUUAAGUCGAAGAAGAGUCGUAGCUCAGUUGAUAUGCAAUGUUGCUUUUUACCUUGUCCUGCAGAGGUCUCGUAAGAGAAAAAUUAGUUACAGUAUGAGCUCCGAGAGAGAAAGAGUGCGGGAAGAAAUAAUGGGUAGAAUCAGUAGUAGUGAAACCAGUAGACAUAUAUUAAGAAUGGGUCCUCAAGGCCUUUUAAUGUUAUGUGGUAUGUUAGAAAGAUAGGGGGCUUACUACCCACAAGAUGGUCAAGUGUAGAAGAACAAGUUGCCAAAACCAUUUACAUAUUAACACACAGUGCUAAAAAUCGUGAAGUAAAUUUUUGGUUUCGUCGAUCUGGUGAGACGAUUAGUCGUCAUCUCCAUCAUGUGUUGAGAGCCUUCCUCCAAUUGGAAGCAAAGUUUAUUGUGCAACCUGAUGGUUCAACAGUUCCUCUAGAAAUUUUAAGGAUUGUGUUGGUGCCAUAGACGGUACACACAUACGUGUCAAAGUAUCUCCUAAAGAUGUUCCCCGAAAUCAUGGUAGAAAAGAUUACCCAACCCAAAAUGUGUUAGCAGCAUGCACAUUUGAUUUAAGGUUCACCUAUUUGCUCCCUGGUUGGGAAGGGACAACCUCUGACUCAAGAAUUAUAAAGAACGCAUUAAGACGAGAAGAUGGGCUUAAAAUCCCUCAAGUCAAAACCAAAAGCAGCAAAUUGUAGAAGGACCCCAUUUCCAUACUAUGAGGAGAUGGUGACACUUUAUGGGAGUGAUCGAGCUACUAGAGAGGAAGCUGAAACGACAUCAGAGAUGAGAAAGCGAGUUAAUUCAACCACUGAAUCUGAUUUUUUUGAUUCCAUUGAUGAUAUUGAUGAUGGUAUACUUCGGAAUGAGGUGAGAUUAGAGGACUUUGAUGAUAAUAAUGUUAAUAAUGAUGCUUCUCCUGAAAUUCAAUCUCAAGAUCCUUCACCAACACAAAGUACUAACAACAAAAGGAAGAAAUCAAAAGUGGCUAACAACAAAGGGAAUGAUGAUGACAUACUUGAAAUUAAAGGAGCAAUGCAAGAGGUUGCAGCAUCACUAAGAGAAGUAAAUGUUAUAAUGAAAGAGCGUCACAUCCCUCCAAUUUCUGGGGAAGAAGCUUGGAAGUUAAUCAAGGAAUGCGGAUGCAAUGAAAAUUUAUGGCCUAUGAUUUUUUGCAAAUUAAUGAAAGAUGUUGACGGACUUAAAACAGUUCUUGAAUGUCCGGUUGAAGCACGCAAGGAUGUGAUCAUGUAUAUGGUGUUUGGCUCCUCAAAUCCACCUACUAAUUGAUGCUCUUGAUUGGAUACUUGACCAUUUUUAAUUCUCUACACUUGAGCUUUUUUUAGCUCUUUAUGAUAUAGUUUAUGGAGUUUGAGAUUUGAGUUUAAUUAGUUAUUUGUGGUAUUUUGCUAUGUAGCUCUUAUGGUUUGAGACUUGAGUUUAUGGAGUUUAAGACUUGAGUUUAAUUAGCCAUUUUCAAUUUCUUUACUUGCACAUUUCUUUA